AUGAAGUCCUCUGUCUUCAUUCUUUCUCUGCUCCUCAUUCUGGAAAGACAGGCAGCUGUGGUUGGACAAUAUGGUGCGACAAAAGGUCACUUCCAGAGCAGCUCCUCGGGAUUUAUGCUUGGUCAGAAAGGCCAUCUCAAUUUCGGGAUCAAAGGAGGAAGUGAGGAGGCAGCUGAAGAAAGCAUUUUCAUGCAAUCCCAGCACCAGGUGUUCGGCCAGGAUGGUGGUGACAUGACAGAGACACAGGUUUCAGAAGAGCAUACAGGUGUAAAAGGGGCUGCCCUUUGUCGUAAAGGACAGGUAUCCCAACUGAAAUCUCAAGAAUCCCAAAUAAAAUCCUUUGGACAAGUAAAAUCCAGUGGUCAACUGAAAUCUGGAGGAUCAUCCUUUGGACAAGUGAAAUCCAGUACGUCCCAAGUAAAAUCCUUUGGACAACUGAAAUCCAAUGGUCAACUAAAAUCCUAUGGGCAACUGAAAUCCAGUGAAUCCCAAGUAAAAUCCUUUGGACAAGUAAACGCUUAUGGACAGACGAAAUCCCAAGAAUCCCAGGUCAAAUCCUUUGGACAAGUGAAGUCCCAAACUGCACAACUGAAAUCCUAUGGACAAGUAAAAUCCCAAAGUGGCCAAAUAAAAUCCUAUGGUCAAAGAAAAUCCUACGGUGAAGAAGAUCAACUGAGCUCUUUUGGCCAACUGAAAUCUCAAAACGCCCAACUAAAAUCCUAUGGUCAACAAAAAUCCCAAAAACAAUCCUCCUUUAGUCAAGUAAAAUCCCAAAAUGCCCAACUAAAAUCCUAUGGCCAACAAAAAUCCCUCAAAGGUUUUUCUCAACAAACUCAACAUAAAGGAUUUGCCAUGGAUGAAGAUAUGACACAAGUGGGGAAACGGUUCAGUGAUGACGACCUCUCUGUACAGCAGAAGUCGACCCAACAGAUGAAAACAGAGGAAGACUUAUCCCAAUUUGGACAACAGCGACAAUUUGGACAAGAACGCUCACAAUCUUAUAAAGGAUAUCUUGAGCAAUACAGAAAGAAAUUACAAGAACAACAAAAUUUUAAUCAGGAUAACUAUUUUACAAAGGGAGGGGCAGGCCUUUAUGAAGCUCAACUUAAGGGAUAA